GCCUCAGCUGGGCUCGGCUCUGCUCGGCUUGGCUCGGGCUGCAGCUCUGGUGGGGGUGGGUGGCCAGGAUGACAGCGGCGGUGGCAGCGGCUGCGAUGCGGGGCUAAACGAGCGGCGAGCGAGCAGGGAAAGAGGAGGAAGUGAAGCUGCUGCCAGGAGCUCGGGACUCAGCCGUCGUGCCGAGGUCCGCCCCGUUUUGCAGAGCGAACUGCGUCCAGACCUGGGAAGACUUCCCCGCGGGGCUCCGGCCGCCGCGCCUCCCAGGCGGCGCCUGCCCUGCCCUGCCCUGCCCGACCCAGCCCCGGGUUCCGCGCCUGGACUCUCUCAGCCCCGAGGUCCGGAGCGGACUCACGGGACGCCCAAGUCUCGGCCCUGACCCGGAGCGCCGGGACGGGACACCCCAGACUCCACAUUCGCGUCCAUCGUUGCGGGUUUAUUCCCAGCCUUUCUAUCAGUGUGUGUCGGAGCCCCCAGCCUUUCGCCCAGGGGUUAGCGUGAGGUGACCCCAGCCUCCGACUGCAGUGCAAAGGAACCCGGACGUCCCACCCUCCGGCUCCCGGAGAACCGAACCUUCAGCUGCCUCUGACCGACUGUCUCAGACUUGGAACCGGAGAGCUCCUGGGAAGCCCCGCCCGGGUCCAGCGCCCCGCGAGGGGUCCCAGGCCGGCCAGACAGUCGGACUGAGCCACUGGGCUCGUGCUGUGAGUCGAAGCUGCCACCUUCCUCCCGCCCAAGCGCUUGCCCCGAAAGGAACACAGACGCCCUCUGCCCCGGCUGCAGCAACCACACCCUGAGGCCUGCUGUGGACCCAGAAAAUCAGCCAGACCUUGGAGACAGUGUGGCAUAGCAGGGAAGAGUGGCUUCUGGGACUGUACUGGUUCCAGGGAGUUCUCGACUAUUUCUUAGAUGGAGGUAUGAAGGAACGGGUGCGCCAUCAUGGGGAAGCCGCUUCUGAUGUGGACUCAGCAGGACUUGGGUGUUCCAGUGAAGUGACAUCACCACCUCCGUGGACAGGACACCCUCAGGAGCUCAGCUAGCAGCCACUGGUACAUCUUUCAGCAGGACCGCCAGCGGCCUCCAUGGGUGCUUGAGGGCUGGGCGCCAGGGCGGCGGGCACGAGCAUGGUGAGACACCAGCCGCUGCAGUACUACGAGCCCCAGCUGUGCCUCUCCUGCCUCACCGGCAUCUACGGCUGCCGCUGGAAGCGCUACCAGCGCUCUCAUGAUGACACCACACCGUGGGAACGCCUGUGGUUCCUGCUCCUCACCUUCACCUUCGGCCUCACGCUCACCUGGCUGUACUUCUGGUGGGAAGUCCACAAUGACUACGAUGAAUUCAACUGGUACCUCUACAACCGCAUGGGCUACUGGAGUGACUGGUCUGUGCCCAUCCUCGUGACUACAGCUGCUUCCUUCACCUACAUUGCAGGCCUCCUGGUGCUGGCACUAUGUCACAUUGCUGUGGGGCAGCAGAUGAAUCUGCACUGGUUGCACAAGAUUGGGCUGGUGGUUAUCCUGGCCUCCACAGUGGUCGCCAUGUCAGCAGUGGCCCAGCUGUGGGAGGACGAAUGGGAGGUGCUGCUGAUCUCCCUACAGGGCACAGCACCAUUUCUGCACAUGGGGGCCCUGGCUGCCAUCACUGCACUCUCCUGGAUCGUGGCUGGACAGUUCGCCCGUGCAGAGCGGUCCUCUUCCCAGGUGACCAUUCUCUGUACCUUCUUCGCUGUGGUCUUUGCCCUCUACCUGACUCCUCUUACCAUCUCCUCUCCCUGCAUCAUGGAGAAAAAGGACCUGGGCCCCAAGCCUGCCCUCAUCGGCCACCGCGGGGCUCCAAUGCUGGCCCCAGAACAUACGCUGAUGUCCUUCCGGAAGGCACUAGAGCAGAAGCUGUAUGGGGUCCAGGCUGACGUCACUGUCAGCCUGGAUGGUGUGCCCUUCCUCAUGCACGACGCCACCCUGCGGCGCACCACCAACGUGGAGCAGGCAUUUCCGGAGCUCGCCCGCAGGCCCGCCUCCAUGUUCAACUGGACCGUCCUGCAGAGGCUCAACGCGGGGCAGUGGUUCCUGAAGACUGACCCCUUCUGGACCACCAGCUCCCUGUCACCCUCCGACCUCAGGGAGGCCCAGAACCAGUCCAUCUGCAGCCUGGAGGAGCUGCUGGAACUGGCCAAGGGCAAUGCCACACUGCUCCUCAACCUCCGCGACCCGCCCCGGGAGCACCCCUACCGCAGCAGCUUCCUCAACGUCACACUGGAGGCCCUGCUGCGUUCUGGUUUCCCGCAGCACCAGGUCAUGUGGCUACCUAACAGGCAAAGGCCCCUCGUACGGAAGGUGGCUCCUGGGUUCCAGCAAACGUCAGGCUCUAAGGAGGCUGUUGCCAGUCUGCGGAGAGGCCACAUACAGCGGCUGAACUUGCGCUACACUCAGGUGUCCGGCCAGGAGCUCAGGGAGUAUGCAUCCUGGAACCUGAGUGUGAACCUCUACACUGUCAACGCGCCGUGGCUCUUCUCCCUGCUGUGGUGCGCUGGGGUCCCAUCUGUCACCUCUGACAACACCCACAUCCUGUCCCAGGUGCCUUCCCCCAUCUGGAUCAUGCCCCCGGACGAGUACUGUCUCAUGUGGGUCACCGCCGACCUGAUCUCCUUCACCCUCAUCGUUGGCAUCUUCGUGCUUCAGAACUAUCACUUGAUCAGGUGGCGCCUGGGAGGCAUUCGAAGCUACAACCCUGAGCAGAUCAUGCUGAGUGCUGCAGUGCGCAGGACCAGCCGGGACGUCAGCAUCAUGAAGGAGAAGCUCAUCUUCUCAGAGAUCAGCGAUGGCGUGGAGGUCUCCGAUGAGCUCUCCGUAUGUUCAGAUAGCAGUUACGACACAUACGCCAACAGCACUGCCACCCCGGUGGGCUCCCGAGGGGGCGGCAGCCGCACCAAGACCCUUACAGACCGGGGUGGGCGUUAGCUGAAGACCUGUCUGUCUCAGCCUGUACCUAACAUAGAAACGAGGAGAGCCCAAAGAGCUGGCUGAAGAGUGUUGGACCUCUCGGAGAGCCCCUGGAGCUGGCUCUGCAGCCUCCGCACGGGCUCUGGCUCCUUGUCGCCAUGACCUCUCUUGGAGGGUGUCUCCUCUCCCCUGAGGCCCAGCUGGGCCAGGAUUCCAGCCUUUCGGAUGCCCCUGCAGGCCUGGGGCUCCUCCUUCUGGGAAGUGUGGGUCUGGGCCUGGGCCUGCUCUCACAGCCCUCUCUCACAUCCUAGCCUGGAAGCUUUGAUGGGUCACUGGACAGUGCCAUGUUCUAUGGCCAUGGAGGGUGUGAUUACUCACCCUUGCCCACCUGUGUCUGUCUACCUGUCCAUGCCAUGGGCAACUGACUUCUCCGUUUUUAUCCUGUCUUGAGGACCUGGGCUGGGCCUCUACCCCUGGCCCCCUGGCAGCUCUUCUCUCCAUGUGGGUCUUAAAGCACAAAGGAGGUUCUGCCCAGUAGGAAAGCCAGUGGCUGUGUUAGAGCAUCCUCCUCCCCAACCAGCCUCCCACCACCACCAGCCCCUGCCCCAGCAGAGGGCUUGAACUGUGUCCCCUACAAGGAGCUGGAGAUGGCUGGAAAUGCAAGGUCAGGGCUGCUCUAUCUCUCACCCAAGUGUCCAACAGGCCUCUGGGGCAGAGGUGGCCCUGAGGUCCAGGAGAUCUAUAGACUGAUACAACCUCAGGUUUCCCCCUUGUGGCUACAGGGCAAGGACCCCUUGGGAAAAGUGUUCUAAGCAUGAUAAAGUGUGGACAUGUGGCCAAGUAGGCCUGCAGUGGAGGGAGCCCGAGGGCCUCAGCCAGGAUGAUUAAAGCUGCCAUCUUGAUGUGUGUUGUCUCUGA